AAAUUCAAAUAAUAUACAUAAAUCUAUUUCGUGUGUAUUUUCGAGCUGCUACAAAAUUUUUCUCAAAACUUCCGCUAAAAUCCAAAAGCUACUAGAAACAUCGCAAUAGAAUUUUCCACCACCACCACCAACAAUAGGCGGCCAGAACAACAAGAACAGCAAAAGCAAAAGCAAACUACACAGGGUGAGUGUACGGCCAGCAACAACCCCACUGCCCAGUGCCACGAAAAUUGAGCGCCGCUCACCACCCAAGAAAUUAGCUAAUAAAGUGAGUCAGAAAAUAGAUGCGGGAAGGGUGCAUAAAUAGCAGUUCGUACAGCAAGCGACUAAGCAGCUGUGCAGUCAAGUAAUCGCACAGUCGAAUUUCGGCCGAGUAAUCGCCACGUACAAAUUGGAGCAGCCGUUGACAGAACGGUCAAGCUCAAUAGAUGAAUGAGGUGAGCAUACUGGCAGCAGCGGUCAAGCAAAACAGGCAGAGGAAGUGUGCUAAGAGCUUAAUGCGCGCAUUGGUGGUUGCUCAUACGCCACCCACACCAUUGAGAGAGGGGAAAAACGACGCAACAGCUGAGACAGCUGUUAAUAAGCAGCAGCAAAAGUGACAGUCAUAAAAUAUUCAAAUUUAAAAUAUCAAAAAUUGCGAAAUUCAUGAAAGAAAUAUUUAAAAUAAGAUAUACUAAAUAACUUGGUGAAAAUCAAUGAAAUUCACAGUUCUGCGUAAUGCGGAGAGUUUGCGGAAAGUUUUUUAGUGCUCAUAAAAACACACUACUAUAAAAAAUACCUAUGAGUUUAUAAAAACCCAAAAACAAAUAAAAAAUUGAAAAGAUAACAAAUGGCAACAACAUUUCCAGCAAAAUAAGAAAUCAACUAACGAAAAGUCAAUUAACAAAGGCAAAACAAAGUGAGAAAAAAAACAAAAAUCUCGGAACCAACAAACAAUUUUCUUAUAACACAAAAUUUUACAACAAAAAUCGAAAGUAAAAAUCAAAAAAAUAAAACGAAAUUAAUACCCGUAACUGCAAAUCUAAACUUAACGCUUUAAUAAGUGGAAUUCUUGGGGCAAUAAGCAAAAACAAUAACAAUUAAUAACAACUGCAACACACUUCAGAUCGGCAGGUCAAAUAAAACAGCAGCAACAACAAUGCGCCCCACCGUAUUGUCCAAUGCGAAUGCGAACGCCGCAGCGGGUGUUGGCGGGGGCGGCGGUAGUACAACCGGCAACACCACCAAUGGCAUUAACAUACCCGUGCAACACGAUUUCGGCAACGGCGGCGGCGUGCACCCGCAAGCAGCCGGCUACUAUGCUGAUCCCAAUGCAGCCGCAUAUGGUUCGCCACGACAACAACAACAAUCACCACAACAACAGUCAUAUCAUGCGCAGCAGCAAGCGCCACAAGCGGCUCAACAACAACAUCCACACCAGCAAAUUCCGCAACAUUUUCAGCAGGGCUUUGGUUUCGAACCGGACAUGGACAUGGAUAUGGACAUGGACAUGUUUCCACGCAGCCGCCUGGGUCGCAUGCAUGACCCAUUCGGAAGUUUCAAUAACUCACAUUUUGGCUUUCCUCAAUUCAAUUCGCUAGGACGCCGGCGUGCUGCCGACCACAUGGGUCGUGAUGAUGACUUCUUCAAUCGCCUGCCUUCGGAAUUCCGCCAAUACAUACCCGAAGGGUUUGGCCACAGCAGACGUGGUGAAAGUGCUACUUUGCCACGCCAACAUAGCUCUCAGCAUUCGCAACAGGUGCCAGUACAGGGUGGUGGACCCGCUUACUAUCAGUCAUUUGUUCCCUCCUCACCGCCCAAUGGCGUACCACAAUCGCCUUCGAAAAAGCUUUGCGAUGCCGCCAUACAAACCGAAGAUCCCAUUGUUCGUUCAGGUGGCGAUCAAGUGGACAGCGCUGCACCGCAGGCGCACGGUGAUAACCUGAAGCAGCAUGGUCUGCGCAACACAGUCGACAUGGGUGUAAAGUCCGCAUUGGAGUCGGAUCAAGGUACUCGCGCACAUUCUGCGCCACCCCAAGAGCAACAGCAACAGAUCCCAGUGAAUGGUAAGCGUCAGACACCGCCACCACAGGCUGGUCACUCGCAAUUCGGCACACAAACUAGUCCACACGUGCAGGCUGGCACCACUACUGGCCAGCAACCCCAGUUCAAUAAGGCAUACUAUGCACCACAACAACAACCACAUCCACAACAACGACAACAGACACCACCACCGCCGCAAACUCCAGGCGGCAGUUAUGUGCGCACCAUACCGAUCUUUGUCGAGGGUCGUUCCGAGCCGAUCAUUAACGCUCACAAGGAAAUACCGAAUCAAAAUAGCGCGCCUGGUCAAUCGCCGGCAGCAGCCAGUGCAUCAGCCAGGGCACAUGUGCCACCACAACCCCAACAACAGCCCCAACAACACCGUCCCACUCCACUCAAUACUCAGCAACAGCAGCAGCCACAGCAACAGCAAACCGCUGCCGCUGCUGGCGUGCCACCGCAAACACCACACACGUUGGACUCGAUCAGUAAAAUUCAAGACAUUCAACGUGAUGUGCUCGAUCUCAUGGGAAAAGUUGAGAAGUUCACUGGCACACGCCAAGACAAAGAAUAUGUCUAUCUUGAUGAGAUGUUGACACGCAAUCUACUCAAGCUGGACACAAUCGACACGAACGGCAAGGACAGCAUACGUCUAGCACGCAAGGAGGCCAUCAAAUGCAUUCAGGCUUCGAUCAAUGUGCUCGAAGCGAAAGCAAACGAGAACAGCAAGGCUGCUCAACAGGCAGCAGAGGGUGGUGCACCAGCUGAAGAGCCAAUAACCGCCGCAGCUACAGAACCAGUGCAAAUGAACGAAGCUGCGACGCGAAAGAGUGCGUCGAAAGAAAAAGUCGAGGCAGUUGCAACUGAAGUUUCAGAGACGGCAACAGCGAAAGCAGCAGAUUCCGAGGCCGAGCCGGCCGAUGCGAAACAAAUUCAAGCGCCCAUACCGUUGCCACCACCAGAAGGCAUGCAAGCAAACGAGGCAUCCGCUACCAGCGAGGCAAAUAGUACAGAGUCGAAGGAGUCCGGUGAGCCAGCUGCGGAGUCAAAAAUCGACGAAACGGGGGAAACUAACACCAGCGCCAUAGCUGUGGAAGGCAAAACAACUGAGGUGUCGGCGAAGGAUGGGACUGAGUUGAGCAAAUGAUGAUUGGAGCAGCGCAUUUCCUCCGGUGCCGUGAGGUCCUCCUAUUCAACCACAUUUUUAAAGCGUUUACAUAGCAUCACCAAACGAAAGUCCUAAAAAACUUAGUUUCAUACAUCAAAAUAAAUGUAAAAUUCGUUGUGUUAGAAAUUUAACGAAAAAUUAAGAAAAAAAUACAUACUUACCUAUACGUUUUUAUUUUAUGCCACAAAACAUUUUAGAAAAUACUGAAAGGAAUGCUGCUGCUUAACGAGCGCAGUAUUUUAGACGAAGGUAAAAAAUAUUCGCAUGAAUGCCCAAAUACGCUGAGGCCAAAACUGAAUCAGCCGGCGGAUCGGCGGGCAUUGCGUCUUGUUGUGCGAAAAUUAAUUAUAAAUAAGAAUAAAAAUAUAAUAUUUAAAAUUGAA